CAUAAUUUUGUUCAUCUAAUUUUCUGGAAAGAAAAAGCAAACGAAGCCAAUUGCAACUUCUAAAAAGCUCAUCCCUUUGUACAUGUGGGUGUGUUCUCGGUCAAUCCCUUCCUCACCCAGAAAACUCUCCCUCUCUCUACCUCUGUGUUCGGCCAUGGACGUCCUCUCAAUCUCAUCUCCUUCACAUUCCUACAUUCCCUCUCUCAGACUCCAUCACUCCUCUCGCCCAAAACCCUCCUUCUACAUCCCCAUCUCUUCUUCUCCCAAACCUUCCAUUACCAAAUGUUUCCAAGCCACUGCCUCACCCACCCCAACACCCUCCUCCAAAUCCCACACUUUCCUGGACUCUUCCGUGCUGUCCUCGGCUCCUCAAACGCCAGCCACCGCAAUGAGAGGCGCGGAGGCCGAUGCCAUGGGUUUGCUUCUGAGGGAGAGGAUAGUCUUCUUGGGAAGUAGCAUUGAUGACUUCGUAGCCGACGCCAUUAUCAGCCAGCUUCUCUUGUUGGACGCCCAAGACUCCACCAAAGACAUCAAGCUAUUUAUUAACUCUGUCGGAGGUUCUCUCAGUGCGACAAUGGCUAUCUAUGAUGUUGUUCAGCUUGUGAGGGCCGAUGUUUCCACAGUUGCACUUGGCAUGGCUGCGUCAACAGCUUCCAUUAUCCUUGGAGGUGGCACCAAAGGCAAGCGUCUUGCAAUGCCCAACACAAGGAUUAUGAUGCAUCAGCCUCUUGGAGGUGCUAGCGGGCAGGCAAUGGAUGUGGAAAUUCAAGCCCGAGAAAUCAUGCAUAACAAAAAUAACGUAACAAGAAUUAUUGCAGACUGCACUGGUCGCCCAUUUGAACAAGUCCUAAAAGAUAUUGAUAGGGAUCGUUAUAUGUCACCUAUAGAAGCAGUUGAAUAUGGAAUGAUUGAUGGGGUUAUUGACAGAGACAGCAUUAUACCUCUGGUGCCUGUGCCAGAAAAAGUGAAAGGAAGACUAAAUUAUGAGGAAAUUAGUAAAGAUCCAAGGAAGUUCUUGACACCAGAUGUCCCUGACGACGAGAUAUAUUAAGCAUUAGAUGUUUAAUGGAGAGCUCCAAGCAAUGAUAACUGAUCUUUUCCUCUGGAUCUUUCUUCAAGCAGUCAACCUUGGAGUUUGGCAAAGCGUACAUCUCUUUCUGAAUGUUGCUAGCUGGCUUUUGGGCAAAGUUUUUUGCUCUUCCUUCCUUUCCGAUAGGGCUGUACCAUAGCAUAACUUAGAACAGGAAUAUUAUGGUUAAGUCGAGCUUUUGCUCCCUUUUCAAUUUUUUGUUUCUUUUUAAAUUUUAUUUGUAACUUUUUUGGGUUAAGUGUAAGUUUUAAAUCGAUGAUAUUCCUUGGGACCAAUUGUGAAAGAAAAAGCUCUCUCGUACACUCCAAACAAAGAGCAUACUAAAUCGUGUAACAUCUUUGGAUAAAAGUGGUUUUGGAUACCGACCACAAGUGUUGUGUCUUCCAUCACUAUGCAAACGUGUAUAUUGUGCCUUUUGAUCAUAUGCAAGCCACAGGAACUAUCAAGUAUCUUCA